AUGUCGAACACCGACAACAACAACACCUCCGAAAGUGAUGAUGACGACAACUCGUCAGUCAGCUCGGGUGGGUUCUCUGAUGCCGCCGCAGGAGAGCCCGAUAUGGAAGAAAUCGGAAGCCACGAGUUUCCAGAUUUUUUCACCGAACGCGACGGUCGCCUCUUCCAUUCCCAUCCGACGGCAGCGUAUCCGUUGCCUGCAGACACCCCCGAGCAAGAAAGGAUGAAUGUUCAGCAUCGCAUCCUUUUCGAGUUUUUGGGGGGUAACUACCCUGUAAAUUGCCCAGUUCCUAAUGUUCUGGCGCAAAAUCCAGCUCGACAACGCUAUGCGCUGGAUAUCUGUACCGGAACUGGUCGGUGGGUCAUGGACAUGGCUCGCGACUUUCCCCAUGUUGCUUUUCGUGGUAUUGAUAUCGUUCCUAUCGCCACUCGUUAUCCUCUUCCCAACGUGGACUUCUCGAUCCAUGAUGUCAAUACUGUUUCGCCAUGGGCUGCGGGCACGUUUGACCUCGUCCAUGCUCGUUCAAUUUCGAUGGCGGUCACCAACUAUCCCGCUGUGCUAGCCGAAUGCGCUCGUCUCCUUCGUGCUGACGGUCUUUUUAUCGCAGGCGAAUGGUCUCGUAUGCUCUUCACCAUGGUAGCGCCGAAUCCCGCUGCUCCAGCAAUCCCCACCCCAGUCUCACAGCAGACUGCUCCGUUUCUCCAUACCUUCUUUGCAGCUCUCCAUGCAGCUUUAACUGCCCCGCCUAACCCUCUCCCGGCAUCGGCUCCUUUGGUCGCUCCUCUGCUUGCUGCUCAACCCCAGAACUUCGACCAAAUUACACCGGCAACGAGCAUCAUACCCCUCGGUGGAUGGCAUCCACAGCCCAAUCUUCAGCGCAUUGGGCGUGCCUUCCGCAAUGUAUUCAGAGAGUAUAUGAAGAGUGUUCGCCCACUCUUGAAUGCAAAGAGUGGUUUACAGCCCCCAGUCCUUGAUCAAGUUUACACUGGGGCCCGCGUUGAGUUGCGCAGUCUGCCUGGUCUAGUCGGCCUCUAUAACUCCGUCUACGCUCGUCGCCUCUGA